UGGAGGGAGGUGGAGGAGAGGAGGAGGGCGGGGGAGGAGGGGCGGGCGAGGGAGGCGCGCGAGAGGGAGGACAGGUGGAGGAGAAUCGCGGCGCGUUGAUGGAUAGGGAGGGGGAGAGGAGGGAGAGGGAGAGGUUGCUGGCCGAGCUGAUAACCGAGGACGUGAGGUCGGAGUUGGCGACGAAGGUGGAGGAGGAGGAGGUGGAGAGGGUGAGGAGGAGGGAGGAGUUGGCGGCCGAUUUGAAGGAGCAAAUGGUUUUCACGGAGCGGUGCAAAUUACGAUUCGUGGAGCGGGAAAGGGAAUUGGCGGAAGGAUUGAUGAGGAGGAUGAAGGAGGACGAGAGGAUCGGGAGGUUGAGCGCGGAGGCCAGGCGAAGGGCGGAACUGCGUCAUCGAGAAGAGUUGGAUCGAUUGAUCGAGAUUCGGCGGCAAAUUCGAGAGGAGGAAAUUGGGAGGAGGGAGCGAGCCGUGGAGGAGGAGAAGGAGCGUGAAAAGAUGAGAUCGGAUCGCGAUAAGGAAGAGAGGAGACGAUUGUUGGAGGAACACGCGUCCAACGUCGCUAAUUUUAUCGAUAAAAUCCCCCUUUCCGAGGAGGAACGAGAGACGGUCGAACGAAUGCGAAGGAACGCAUCACCCGCAUGUCAAUAAAUACGCAUGUAAUAAACGCGAAUAUUUUCGCAAACU